GGCUUAGCCCCGCCCCCGGCUUAGCCCCGCCCCGCGUCCCGGAAGUGCGCGCGCGCCGGUAACAUGGCGGGUGCAGCGGUCUCGCUGCGGGCUUUUCGCCGCCUGUGCCGUGUGCUGCUGUUCCUCUCACAGUUCUACAUCUUGUCGGGUGGUGGAUCCUUAAAUUUAGACCUUUCGCAGCCGCUGGCUCAGUCACUAAAGGAUCCGGGCCCAACACGUACUUUCACAGUAGUUCCCAGGGCAGCAGAAAGUACCGAUAUGCCACCUUAUGUGAUGAAGUGUCCAAGCAAUGGUUUAUGCAGCAGACUUCCUGCAGACUGUGUAGAGUGCAAGACAAAUUUCUCCUGUGUCUAUGGGAAGCCUGUCACUUUUGACUGCACAGUCAAACCUUCUGUUACCUGUGUUGAUCAAGACUUCAAAUCCCAAAAGAACUUCGUCAUCAACAUGACUUGCAGAUUUUGCUGGCAGCUUCCAGAAACCGAUUAUGAGUGUUCCAAUUCCACCAGCUGCAUGACGGUGUCCUGCCCUCGACAGCGCUACACUGCCAACUGCACGGUGCGGGACCACAUUCAUUGCUUGGGUAACCGUACUUUCCCGAAAAUGCUGUACUGCAAUUGGACUGGAGGUUAUAAGUGGUCUACUGCUCUGGCUCUGAGUCCUGCUUGCUGUUGCAGCAUCACCCUCGGUGGGUUCGGAGCAGAUCGUUUCUACCUGGGCCAGUGGCGAGAAGGUCUCGGCAAGCUCUUCAGCUUCGGUGGCCUGGGAAUAUGGACGCUGAUAGACGUCUUGCUAAUUGGUGUUGGCUACGUUGGACCAGCAGACGGCUCUUUGUACAUUUAGCUGUGAUUCUGUGCUUCAGAAAGAGAGCAGUGCUUAGAAAAAGCCCUUUUGCCUGUAGAAAUUGAUGUGUUGUGAGUGAUGUAUUCGUAUGUUGUUUUUAAUGUACAGCAUCUGUACUUUGCCUGCCUUGAUGAAGGUAAAAUAAAAAACCGAAUCGUGCUUCUCUGGAAUUUGUUUUUAUUUGCCUGAAAUAUAUUUUUUUCUGUGAAAAAAUUUAAACUUAAAUUAGAAGAACAACCUUUGCAGUGAUUGAAUAUCUAUUUAAUUCCUGUGACAUUAGUUUUAUAUUGCUAAGUUGAAGUGUGUCACUCAUAUCUCUGGCCUGGAUGUACUUUGCCUUGAAAAGCUUUUCAGCUAUGAUUGCAGAAAGUGGGAAGUGUUUCAAUUCUUUAGCUAAAUAAAGUUAUCUACCUAAACUUGAGUCGUCUGUCAGUUCUACAGUGUAAUAGUGACGUAGUCUUGUCUUCCUAUGACUGUUUAAAGUAAACUGCACACCUGUUGUGUCUAGUUGAUGUGGUUUGAAUUUUGUUAGUAAUGUAAAAGGUUGCACGAGUACUGGAAAAUUAAUAAAAUUACAAGUCACUUUAAAAA